AUACAAAAUUGUAUAUUGUAAUAAUUUUAGCAUCUGAUUGUAUAAAUCGGAUAUAAUGUGAUAAAAUCAAUGAAUGUGUAAAAUUUCUAUACUGUAAUGUAUAAUAUGUGGUAUUGCGAAAGAUCAUAUACAAGGUUGACACGACCUAAUCACAGCUGCUAAAACAUUGUAUCCAUUGGAGCUAUUUGCAUAAAAAAAAAAGAAAAUUGAAACCAAGGAUAAAUAAUAUAAAGGAUAUACAUUUUGCAAGGAUUCCUAGUGACUUUGAAAGACAGUCACAUUCGUCAUUCGAAUUGAUUUUUUGAAAUGUUGAUUUUUUGGAACACUACGAAUCUUUAGAUGAAUUAAUACGAAAACUGGUGCUGAAGUUAAAGUUAAUGUGGGUUUUAGUUUCGCCAAACAAAACAAUUACAAAAAACUACGUGGACAUACGGAAAAGAUAUUGAGCCAAACCAUCUUGCCAACGUCCUUAUUUAGUGUAAAAAUAUCAGCUGGUCUUCUGUUUUGUCAAUGGCAGACUUCGAUGCAAUAUAUGAAGAUGAACAACAGGAGGAGCAAUAUGUUGAAGACCAAAUGGUCGCCCCUGUUCCUGAGCCGAUCAUUAUUCGAGGUUCUGGUAACAUGACUGUAUUUGGAUUGAGUAAUCGUUUUAACACAGAGUUUCCACCUGCGCUAAUGUCGCGUAUUGCACCGGAAGAAUUUAGAUCAACAAUCGGACGCAUUAAUGGUAUUCUGAAGAAAACGCUACCGGUGAACGUAAAAUGGCUGUUCUGUGGAUGCGUUUGUUGUUGCUGCACGCUGGGAUGUUCGCUGUGGCCAGUAGUUUGUUUAAGUAAGAGGACGCAAAACACUCUGGACAAGCUACUUGAGUGGGAGAAUAGUAAUUUAUACCACAAGCUCGGCCUACAUUGGCGACUUAAAAAGGAAAGAUGUGAUUCAAGUUCGUUAAUGGAGUAUGUGUUACGCAUUGAAUUUAUACCGAAGACACCUAUUUAUCGCCCGGACUAAAAUCAAUCCGGCGAUGAAAAAAACACUAUUUUAUGGGGUUGGGGGGAAGAUCGUUAUCGAUCUUUAGUUAUGUAUACUGGAUAUCAUGAUUUUUGUUGGAAUUUAGUUUCGAAAGCAACAAUGCAAUUAUAUGCAAAGCUAAUUGAAAAUAGUAGAUUUAUGUAUGUACAUACAUAUAUGCAAUACUUUUUGUGUUAAGUGUAUACAGACGCUGACAGAAAUUACAACGAUGGUUAAUAGCGAGCGACAGAAUAAAUACCGUUCUUCAUCGGUAAUAGAAAAUGAGGAAAUAUGUAUGUACAUAUAUAUAAAAGGAUAUUUUGUAUAGAAUUGUGAUGGAGAGCUUUAAAAAGCUUAAAUAAUGCAAAACGUAUAUUAUUUUAAGUCUGCUUUGUUUUGGCUUUUUUUUCGCUUUCAUACGCCAAUAAAUAUUGUAGUUAGUUGUAUUUGUAAGGAUUAGUUUGAAAAGUAGCAGUUGCUAAAUAGACUUCAAAACAAUAUUAAUUUCUGUUUAGUAUAUUAUCCACGUUAAUGCGAUGAAAUGGAAGUGAAAUGUCUAAUUUAAUUUUAAAUAAACUAAAAUAAUUUAAACAAAAAAAAAAAAACUAUUACACUAAGCGUA